AAAGUUGUGGAUGGUACAAAUAGAACUCCAUUUUUGUUACCGUUUUUCAUCACCUCUCUGUUGAGGCACCAAUCAUGCUGAUCCAAUACUCAAAGAUAGACCUAGACAGAUUGGUAAAUGAAGAAUCAACACUCGGACUACAGUGGACUGUAACCACUGUUCCUAUGAUGGCAAGGAACCAUCUUUGCCAGUUCAUAGUUAGCAAUAGACAAAGUAACUUUAAUUCAAAAAAUCACUGUGCCAUUCAAAGGCUACUGCUGGCAGCUACUGGCAACUUUUAAGGUGAAAUGUUUUGUUGCCUGUUACUCAAUGUGUGAGCUGACAUUUUGAAUCAAUCAACACACCUUUAAUGUCAGUAAAAACGCUGACCAGUCCAUUUGAUUUCAUAGACUCUCUUGCAUGACAUGCUUUAGUAAUGAUUGAAUCCUUAAGCGCUUAAAAAAAUUAUGAAUGUCAGUCAGUUUUUGCAAACUGUAAAUAUUCUGUUUCCUCACUGGGAGAAAAAAAAAUGGCAGAGCGUCUUUCCUGUGCACUCCAGCAGUGUUACACCCUUGCUCUAACACACCAGCUGCCUCCUUUUUGUUCUGAAAAUCGCCGAUCAGCAAGGAUGUUCCUCUGCAUCAUUGGUGUAGACGAAAUACAGUGAGAGCUGGAUGGAGCGAUGAUGAAGCUAUUACCAUCUAGUAACAACCCUGUUUACACGUUAAGAACACUGUCUGCAGUGGAAAUGCGAAGACAGAUCUAGGGUUUAGGUACAUGUCCAUGUAGGUAUAGUUCCAAGGGUACUAUAUCAAAAGUGUUUGAUGGAAAUGCUACUACUAAGCAUAGAUCAUUACUUUCUGAUAACAGUCAAUAAUUGUGGGAAAAUAUUUGACUUGUCCAUGGCCUCUAUUUAGUAUGAGGUCAAUGACAUGUCAAAAUAUAUUUAAUUUAGCGACUUAAUCGUAUACUCUUCGAGUUGUAUAGCCAGUGAAGAGGUUACUGUUGAAUUUGAGCUGUCACAGAUAUUAUUUGUGCUCUGUUUUUAUAUAAGGCACACAAGAUCCAUAGUAAAGCUUUCCAUUGAUAGUGAAAAAGCCAAGUCAGUGUGUGUAGGAUUUGACCAUAUCCAACUUUGGUGACUCCUGGUGGCAGCAUCAGAAAACACACUGGCAGGUAGCACUGCUCACUGUCGACCCACAAUGUGUCUGACCUUUAGGCACUUUAGGCACUAAUGAUGGGCUGAACACAUCAGACUGCACCAGUUUUAAUCAGGUUUGUUGCAUUUUUACAAAUAAAAAUGUAUACUAUCGUGAUGACAAUAAUGCUACUGUAUGUACAGGGGAUUAAAGAGAAGUCAAAGCAUACUAAUCAGCAUAAAGAUGAAAGACUUCCUACAAUGAAUGUCUGAUCUGUAAACUUAAACCCUCCUUGUUUAAACCUCAACUAAUCAACGCUGUGUGGAAAUCCUUUAAUGUAAACUGGUGUGUCAAGGUCCUAAAUUUGGUAAGAAACCAAACUGAAAAGUCAAACAUAAUCAAACAAUAGAUAAAACAUCAGGACUCUAGAAAAUUCCUUCUAUCGAGCAGUGUCAUGUUGGCCAGCCUAUGUCAGUUUUAGUAGUUCUUUAUGCUGAUUGCACAUCACCAUCACACUGCCUGUUAGAGGAAGGAAACAGGAGGGAGAGAAGUACGCCGCAGAUAACGGCAAAUAAUGCACAAAGACAUUCAAGUUUGGCUGUUCGUCACAAAUUGGCAAUAGUGCACAUUCACACCUUUGUGCCAUGUAACACUUUUAGCAAGAGGUGAGAGAAGACACCAACAGAUGCUGCUGCUGUUCAAAACAAGUCUUCCACAGUGGACAGAUAAUUGAGCAAAGAUUUAAUAGUAGCAAUGGCUUCACUUUUUUACCACCAGUGCACAUGUGAUGAAAGGAAUUUUGGAUUUUCUCGUUAAGUCAGAAACUUUUUUUAGCCUUUGUGUAACUGUUUGACACAAGGUGUUUCCAGGGUUACAAGCCAUGCAUUAGUCAUCAUAAACUGUGGUCAUACAGUAUGUAAGCAAAUUGUGGAGCAAUUGUAGAGGCCGCCAGUUUUGUGCUAAGAAUAUCCCAGAGUAUUCAGGAGCUUUCUUUCUUUUUCUUCAACUGAACACUAUAGCAGCUGAUUUCACUCAGUAGCCUGUGAAUACUAGUGCAGAGGGACUAAUCAGUGAAAACAGCUGGUGUUUGAUUGGACUGAAAACCUGCUGUGGAGUUCAAGAGGCAGCAUGAAAGAGAAACUCAGAAAGAAUUCCACCCAGUUGGAGCAACAAUGACUUCCCACGUGAAACUGCGGAAGGAGAGGGUCGGCUUGGUGGACUAUGACACACAAAUCAAAGAGGUGCGUUGCCAGCUUGUAGACCAGCUGAAGGUGUUAGACGUGCAACUUGAGCAGAAGAGCCAGCAGCUGCAGGACCUGACAGACUACUUGCGGCGGCGGGGUGAGAUAGAAAGCGAGUAUGCCCGCUCCCUUGAAAAACUUGCUGAAAGGUUCACUUCUAGGAUCAAGAGGAAGGAGCCCAGUAGUAACACGGUGGCCCAGGUCUGGCUGGCUCUGCUGUCCCAGACCCGCCAGGAAAGUAAGGACCACAAUGGACUGAGUGAGCGCUGCAGCAACUUCCUCAUCCAGCCCCUCACACACUGUCUGGAGUACACACAGCGCCUUGCCAAGAAGAGUAAAGACAUCUGCACACAGCUGCAAGAUGGACUACUCAAGGUUACCACAGAGCUACAGACUGCAUGGCGAACAUACUACCAGUACCACUCAGACUAUGUGUGUGCAGAGGGGAAGCUGAAGGAGGCAGAGAAACAGGAGGAAAAGCAAAGCUCCAAGAAGCUGGAGCGGUUGAUAGAAAAAAGACAGGGUAAGGUCCAAGACAUCUACCUGAAGUGCAGCAAGGCCCGAAACGAUUACCUCCUAAACUUGGCUGCAGCUAAUUCAUCCAUGAAUAAGUACUACCUCCAAGACAUCUCUACUCUCAUAGAUUGUGCAGAUAUAGGGUACCAUCUCUCUUUAAGCCGGGUGAUGCAGGCUUACCUGUCCAGUCGGUGGCGGACCCAGGAGAACCUGAGCACGGGGCUGCAGCAGCUCCAAACCACCGUGUCCGGACUGGACCAGAGCCGUGACAGAGACACGCUCCUGCAGGACCACUAUAACACCUUCUGUAUGCCCUUACGCUUCCCCUACCAGCCCCAUGAUGGAGACCAGGUCUCCGAGGUGAGUGCAGAGGGUGAGAUGAGAUGCGAGCUGGAGACCAGAUUCAAGCAGAUACAAACCAGACUGAAAGCAGUCACUCAGGAAACAGAGGAGGCUGGUAAGAGCAUGUUGGCAACUCAGUCUUCCCUGCUGGAGACUAUUGGCGAUGAUGAUCUGGAUCCCGGCAGUGGCUCUCAGGACGGCAGCACUGAGAACCUGACAGUCAAGCCCAGUGUGGCCCGGCGCAGGGCCAGCAUGCAGGAAAUGGAAAACCUCUACUUCACUAGAGUAAAAGAACACCUUGUUGGCAGCUCUCUGGUAUCUAAACUGCAAGCCAAACAUGACCAGCUGAAGGUGGCUGUGGAAAAAGCAGAAGCAUCAAAUGGACAUCACCCCAGACACAAUGGAAAGUCGAUGCGUAUCAGGAAGAAUCACUCAAGUGCCAAUUUGUUUCACAACCACAAACUUUUCAAAGGAGACAUGCUGUCCUUCAUACAGGCAUCGGGACAACAGAUUCCAAUUGUUGUGGAAAGUUGCAUUUGCUUUAUCAACCUCAAUGGUCUCCACCAUGAGGGCAUAUUCAGAGUGCCGGGGUCUCAGGUGGAGGUCAACAAUCUGAGGGAUGCAUUUGAGCGAGGAGAGGACCCCCUGGCUGAGCGCAGAUAUGACAUGGACUCUGUUGCCGGAGUGCUGAAGCUCUACUUCAGAGGUUUGGAGAAUCCCCUCUUCCCCAUCGACAGCACCAGCCAACUCCUGGAGUAUGCACAAAUAAAGAACGAGGCAGAGAGAGCGGCUCAGCUCAAAACGGUCAUCUCCUCCUACCCUGAGCCCAUCAUCAUCGUCAUGAGAUACCUCUUUGCAUUCCUUCAUCACGUGUCUCAGUACAGUGACGAGAACAUGAUGCAGCCUUACAACCUGGCUGUGUGUUUCGGUCCCAGCCUGGUAAGAGGGGCUAAUGAUGAUGAUGUCGUCACCCUGCAGCCUCAGAUCAACGCCCUGGUGAAGGACAUCAUCCUCCAGCAUGAAAGCAUCUUCCCUAGCAAGAGCGAAGUACAGGGACCAGUUUACGAGAAAUGCAUGACACUGGAACAAGAUGACUGUGAGCCUAUCAUUGAAGAGGGAGAUGUGGAAGCAGAGUAUAGCAAAGAUGAGUUUGAGACAGGAUCCUCAGCUGAUAGCAACACCAGCUCAUCGGCAGCACCAACACAAAGAAAAGCAGAGCGUCCGAGAGCCAACAGCAGCGGAGCAAUUGACUACAGUAGGCAGACAGCUGGACCAGUUGGGGGCGGCAUCGCUUCAAGUGGAAAGUUAAUGCUCCAGAUACCCGUUGGACCACAGUGCAAGCCACGGCGAGGCCUCUCUCCUGCCUAUUUGCGCAGAGAAUUGCAGGAAAACUCAUCUUCUGAAGAUAUUCCAGUUAAAGUAGACAAGGAGGUCUGUCGCCAGAUGGACUCAGUCUUCAUGGAGCUUCUCUCACGGCAAGCACUGCAGGAUCCCUCCUCCACCACCUCCUCCUCUCCCUCUGCCCAGGGUCCCCAAAGGAAAGGGAAGCGGGAUGGACGCAGGGGGAGAGGAUCAGGGCUCUUCAGAGCAGGAGAUCCACUGGACUGAGAGCUGAUGACAUGAAAAAAGAGAGAGAUGAUACAAAUGAAAACAGAGUUGUGGGGUGAUGUUCUCUGACAGUAGCUUUCAGCAUAUCUAUUUCUAGAAAGCUGAGAUCACUGACCCUUGGUCAUUUCUCUGAGGUCAUUUCCACAGGGUUGCUCCCCACUCAUUCAGAAGCCCUGUCAUUUAUAUUUCAUACAGCAGAACACUGCUCUGACUGCAAACCUGCAGAACAAUGUGGAAGCUGCAGAUUACUUGAAAUGCACUGAUGUGUUUGUGUUCAGCUGAAUGUUUUUAUGCAACUUAGGACUUUGUAUCUGCAUCUCUGUGUAGGUGUUGAUAUUACAUUACUUCCAGUUUAAGCCAAACUUUCUCUGAGUUCCAGUCAGCACAUGCACUUAGUCAGAGUCACAUUGAUAAGAAAACUGUGAAUACUGUAGCUGUUAUGGAUUUGUACAUAUUAUUUCUAACUAGUUUCACACUUUAUGAUUGAUCUGUAUAUCUAGGCUACAUGCCAAAUAAAUAUUUUGUCUAUUCUGA